AUGGCGCAUGCUGAAGCGUACGGUCCAAAUCUGCCAACAUUUGCAGAUUUGAAGAACCAUCUGCGCAAGGAGCCGCUUUACUUCCAGGUAUUGGAAGGAUAUCUGCGAAAUACGGCCAAACUGAUUGAGGAUUUGAGGGCGAAGUUGGACAAUGAAACGAAUGAAGUUCCAACGGCAGACUUGAGAAUCCGCCCAAGUACUCCGCCAUCUCGGGAACAGAUAGAAACGUUCCAUCAAUCUGUGGAAAUCCAGUGCGAUCUGGAGCGGGAAGCGGAAAAUGAGGACCAGAUCGCCCUCCACCUUCUCGAACAACAACAACAAGCUUUAGAGCAAGAGGAAGAACCAGUGCUGGCACUGGUAGACGCUCAUGAGAGCUGUGAGGAGAUGGAGGAGAUGGCGGAGGAGAGGCAAGUAUCGCACGAUGAGGAAGGUUACGAUGCGGUACCAAGAACGUCUGCGGAAAUUCCAGAACGCAGUGAAGCGGAAGGCAUUUGCGAAAUAGCACUGCGUUCACGGACGAUACGGAUUCCACAACGUGAGGCAAAGCCAGUAGUGCCGGAAGCCUUUCAUGCGCCGGCAGUGCAAGGUUUACCGGCGCGGUACCAACAACUGCUGGUGAGGCCACCGAUUGACCCAUACGUAGUUAUUCGAAAUGCUGAUGGAGUGUGGAAUUUGUCCGAAGGAAUUCGGAACUUUGAAGGGAUGGCGAAUUCACGCCAGCAAGGCUUCUGUCAAAAAUGCGGCCAUUUCGUCGAUAUGCCGCAUGUUCGCUCUGAUGACGAAAUUACAGCCAUGAUGGAGCUACAUGCUUUGGAAUGGUGCCCUAGGGCCACGAAGGCUGUUAUGAAUGACAGAGCUAUUAAACGACGAAGACUUGAGUUGGUGGGUAGAAACGAAGAGGCCGAGCACUACUAUAUUCCUAGUGCACAAUAA